AUGGGCUGGGUUCUCAACGCAACGCCCGAGGUCGAGGCCAUAUCGCAAUGGCCGACCAUCAUCGCCGUCGUCAUCGUCCUCUCGGUACUUUCAGUCAUCGUCGUGGGGUCUCGAAUCUGGAUACGAUUUUCUGCACGUGGUCUGGCUGCCGAUGACUGGAUGUCGGUUUUAUCCGAAGUAUUUGCUCUCAUCUAUUCCGGCCUUACCAUUGCACAAACAAGAUAUGGCCUCGGUUUGCCCAUCAAGCUUAGACCAAAGGACAAUCUGGUUUUAUACACGCGUAUCAACUUUGCAGGUCGCCCAUUUUAUCAACUGGGCAUCAGCUUUUUCAAAAUUGCCCUGUUGAUCAGUUAUCUCCGCCUCCUCAAGGGCACCGACCAGAAGAACUACCGCCGCAUCGUCUGGUUGACAAUCAUCUUGGUUUUCAUCGCACAUUUGGGGUGCUCGUUCUCACUAAUCUUUGCCUGCACGCCCGUCGACAAGUCAUGGAACCCUCUCAAGGCUGGCACUUGUCUGCCCGCGGGCCCGUCCUUCACCGCAUACGCCGUUGUCACCAUUGUCUCCGACGUCGUUGUGGCAGUACUACCCAUCCCGGUGCUGUUGAAGCUUAACGUUCGAGUGGAGAAGAAGGCUGGUCUCAUUGCAAUUUUCCUGCUCGGCUUGUUCACGACGCUCUGCUCUAUCCUGCGAUACCUCGAGAUCAACCGCAUUCAAUACGGCGACGGCAACUCAACGAUGCUGGUCCUGUGGGGCACCAUUGAAUUUAACGUUGGCAAUAUCGUGUCUUCACUUCCAUUCCUGGCACCCGUAUGCAUGAAGAAGGCCAAGAACUAUCGCUCAAAAUACUCUGGAGGCUCGUCGCACGGACGAAGCCACCUGAAAGGCGGGGAGCGGUACAAGCUCAGCGAGAUGAACCACGACAAGUCCGUCUUCGCCUCGGCAAACCACAGCAAGGGCGACAACGGCAGCGAGGAGAACAUUCUGCCCGGCAACAUUAUGAAGUCGGUGACGUACAGCGUCCAGGUCGACGACAGGGUGGACAGCAAAUCAGGCAUGCAUGGUGGGAUAAACGGCGGCACGCGACGGAGGGAUUCGCGAGAUUCAGAUGUGUAA